AUGUAUCAUCUCAAGCCGGUGAUGAACCAGAAUGUCGUGUGUGAACUUCCUACCUGCAUGUACACCCUGAAGCCGUUCUGCACGUUUGCGUACGAUCCGAAAGCGUUUACCGAUAGCAACACUGGACUAACCGGCGGUUCCGGAGUCGAUCCGAUGUCGAUUGAAAUUGAUAAUUUCCUGCAAAAGGCAGAAAACGACGAGCUAAGAAUGUUGGCAGAAAGACAGCAACGUGUACUGCAGCAGCUGACCGAACUGAAGAACGAAAUUCUGUCUUUGCGCACUGAACUGAAGCUCAACGCAAAAGCACCUGCUGCUGCAUCUGCUGCUCCUCAAGUUACCGUUGCAGUAAAGACAAAGGCUGAAUUAAAAGCAGAACCGAUCAAUCUUACCUACUUGCAGGAUUUCGUCGUAAAUGCUAGCCCCGAAUAUGUUCCAUACAGUUUGCUGGCGUUAAAAAAUUUGUGGAAAGAUCGUCUAAAUUUGCACGUCGAAUGUUUUACCCACUCGACGGUACCAAAGUUGAGUGAAGAGGCACUUAACUUCCAAACUGCCAUUACGAACAGUACAGUGACGGCUGCUGCAUCCAACCUUCCUCAGAUCAAAGUGACGCUCAUUUGGAAGAAUGUUGGAGCGUACACCGAAAUGAUCACAUCGCCCACAUCCUACGUACCGAUCUGUGGCGAGGUAAACAUCCUUCGCUACUUAUCCCGCUGUGGUCCGAGCGAAUUCAACUACGAGCUACAGGACAACGUGGAUGAGGUUGACUCAAUUCUGGAUGCGUGCUAUCUGCUACUCAACAAGCAAAACGCUAAACAACGUCAACAGAUUCUCCGGACGCUUGGUACGAAGCUGGGCAAAGCUGGCGGUUUCGGUGGUGCGGAAAUGUCGCUGUGCGAUAUUGCAUUUACCAGCGCGGUCAAGCAGGUGCAGCGUACGGUGGCUAAGGAUAUCAACCCAAACAUGGCCAAGUGCAUGGGACGUGUGGCGAUUGCAGUUGGCCUGUAG